CAUUUCCCAGCGUGCCUCAAGACGCGGGGUCCGCAUUUCGCCGAGAACUUCAGGAGUCGGGUUUCUGAGCGACGACUGCGGUAGCCAAGGCUGAGUGGAAGCGGAUGCUGAGUGUGCAGCUGGUCGGGCGCCUGUUCUCGAUGGCCGGUCGUGUCUGUCUGUCCCGGAGCAGCGCCGGGUUGGGGACUGUCGGUCCCGUCGAGGCAGCCAUUCGCACGAAGUUAGAGCAGGCCCUGAACCCUGAGGUGCUGGAGCUGCGCAACGAGAGCGGCGGCCAUGCGGUCCCACCGGGCAGCGAGACACAUUUCCGCGUGGCGGUGGUGAGCUCUCACUUUGAGGGACUGAGCCCCUUGCAACGGCACCGGCUGGUCCACGCUGCGCUGUCUGAGGAGCUGGCUGGGCCGGUCCACGCAUUGGCCAUACAGGCACGGACCCCCGCCCAGUGGAAGGAGAACCCUCAACUGGACGCAAGCCCCCCUUGCCUGGGUGGGAGCAAGAAAACUCGCGGAACCCCCUGAGCCCCCAGAGAGGGAAGACUAGGAUCCUAAUGGUUUGGGAAUAAACUACGGGCUUUCUUCCCUUCAACGGUCUGGUGUUUGUAAGGGACAAGGAUCUUGGGCCCCAUUCAGCCAGCACGUACAUGUCCUCUGGAGAUAGCAACUCAUUUCAGAUCAAAGCUUAUCCAAGGAAAGAGAAUCACUCACCACUGCCCUUGCCCUGGACUAUUUAGGAAAAGCUGCGUAGUCGUUUUAUGUUAAAUUGUGACUAAGGAAUCACCAGACCUGAUGAGUUGGAAAUUAUCCUGUACAUUAAAAGAUAAAUUAUCAUAGGAGA